UGUCCAUUAGUUGCUGUCAUUUUAUCAGUUGCUUUUUACUCUUUCGUAACAACGUAGUGAUUAAAUGUCAUCUAACAAUGUUGUUUUUUACAUUUUAGAUACGAAAAAAAAUUAUGAAUAUUAAAUAAUCACACUGGUUUGAAUUGAAGAUGAAUAGUACAUCAAACAUCACGUCUUGCGAGCAACUUGUUCAAGAGUUACAUGUUAGUGAAGGUCUGACACACUAUGUCGUGAGAAAGUUAUUGCCACACAUUUGCGCCUUAGUAGAUAUUAACAAUGCAAACACUACAGCAUCAGAAUUGUUGUUUCAUGACUUAUGCUGCGAUCCUAUACCUUCAGUUAUGCUGAACGGUACAGUUGGGGCUGGAAAUACACAUAGUAACACUGAUCAAUUACUGCAUGAUCUAUGCCAUCAUUUGUCCACAUCAUCUAUGCCAGGUGAUGCAGCUAUAUAUAGAAACAUGUGCCACCCUACAACUCAUCCAACCCAGACACUACACCUUUACCAUCAGUAUGAAAUGUUGUCUAUGCUUUGCUUAAUAAUUGGAACCCCGAUUGGAUUUCUUGCCAACCUGUUAGUGUUGAUGACGGUCUACAAGGUAAAAAGACUUCGCAAUACUACUGGUUAUUUUAUCAGUAACUUAGCAAUCGCUGAUAUUUUAGUUAUUUUCGAGAUGAUAUUCUUCGUAAUCUUGUUUAACACUGGUGCAAUGGUAAACGCUAAUGUUCAAGUUAAAAAGUUUAUUUUUUCAUCCAUGGAUGUCGCGUUUGGGGCUGCUUCAUUGCUGCAUGCGACAGGGAGCAGUAUAGAAAGAGCUAUCGCAGUCUCCAUGCCGCUAAAAUAUCCGCGAUAUCUUAGUGAAAGGCGAGCAAAACAUGUUAUUCAAACACUUUGGAGUUAUUCAUUUCUUUUAUUUCUCUUUGGUAUCUUCAGAAUUUGGAUCGACAACCAGACUUAUGAAGUAGUAUACUUUUGUAUAGCCGCAGUAACUACCUUUUUCAUACCUUGCAUUUUAGUGUUAAUAUCUUAUAGUUUUAUUAUGACGUCAGCCUUAAAGAAUAUAAAAAUGGAACAAAAAAUUACUAGGGUUAUUGUUAUGAUAAGUUUAAUGAACCAAUCAGACAUCCAUAAGGCCUCAUCAACAAGGCCAGCAAGAUGCCGUGAAAUAAAAAUUGCAAUGAACGUAGCCAUUAUGACAGUUCCGUUCGUCUUUGUUUGGGGUAAUUUUAUGAUCUGUCAAAUGUACGAAGUUUCAACGGAUAAACACGUGAAUGGUUUGGAGAACUGGUUGGUAACAUAUUCACCGUUUAUUAUUUCUUGUGUAAAUCCAUUUGCAUACUUAAUGUUUACACGGUCUUUAAGAAAAAGUUCCUGGAAAAUAUUGAGACAAUGCUUUGGCGUACUGAAAUCUCGUGAAAGGUUAGUUAUGCGGAGAGAAAGCUAUGUGACAAGCAUGGCGCCUAGCGUGCCAGACGAAACAACCACGUUAACCGAGAAUGAACCAAUUCAAGUAUGAGAAAAAUAACAAAGCAACAAUAUAUUUUUAUUUCGCGUUUAUUCUAUUUGUUUACAGAUCUCCGACGGAUUUAAAAUCGACAAAAUUAAAACACUUUAUUUUUUUUAAUUUUAUCUUUUUUAUAAAUGAUAUGUAUUAUAUUUCUUAUUUAGUUUUUCUGUUUUGUUGUUGUUGUUUUUUAUACUUGUAUGUAUAUAAUAGAAUUCAUAAACAUUAAUAAUGCUAACCAUAUUUUCUAUAGU